AUGAUCCCAACUGGAGAGCUGCACAGCCGCUUGAUGGUGAUACAAACCUACAUCCGAUGCAUCGAGGAGUUCGAUGCUCGUUCGAUCCGAUUUAUCCGCGUCACCUUUGAUUCAACAGCUGCGAGGUUUACAGCUUAUCUUACCAAGUACCACACAAAGCACUUGGUUUCUCGUUUAGUCCAUGUCAGAGCGAUUAACAAGGAAAAGCGACUCAUCGCCGAGGAAAUCGACCACUUGCAUACAUCGAUCAAUGCACUGUAUGUAACGAGUGGGCCAACGAUGAAUAACUCGUUCAAGAAUCGUGAUUACUCUCCGGUAUCAAUGACAAAACACGACACGACAUACACAUACGACAGCACGUCGGAGAACAGCUCGUUUAAUGACGGCAUGUUUGAUGACACAACGUUGGAUGACAAACGGGAGCUCGAACAACCACAGUCGAUUGAGGCAGAAGAGAGCGAAGCUGUGAGUCCUAUGAUCGAUGCAGAAGACGAAACAAUCGCCAAAGCGUGGAUACCUCGCAACGAGGUGGUCAUUGAGGCGUUUGUUAGUCGUGGGGCAUUCGGUGAAGUGUACCGAGGGACAUACAAAGGAGAGACUGUUGCAGUCAAAACAAUGAGCGACAUGGAAAGGUUCAUGAAGGAGAUCAAGAUGGUGGUUGCAUUGAGCCACUCCAACAUUGUCCAAUUUAUCGGCGUGGCGUGGAACUACCGUCAAGAUUUAUGCUGUGUCAUGGAAUUCAUGGACGGCGGCGAUUUAAGGACAUUGCUCGACCACUACGAAACCGAAACGUAUCCAAUUGGAUUCGGCUUUCAAAAGCUAUUGAUCGCCUACCAAGUAGCUCGUGCUCUUGUCUACAUGCACUCCCGUGACGUGCCCGUGAUCCAUCGCGACCUCAAAUCCAAGAACAUCUUGCUAACUCAAGAAUUAGAUGCGAAAGUGACUGACUUUGGCAUGUCUCGAGACCGCGUGGUCGGCCCCAUGACAGCAAAUGUCGGCACUUCAUUGUGGAUGGCACCGGAAGUGAUGCUCGGGAACCCGUACGACGAGACGGCCGAUAUGUUUUCCUUUGGCGUUGUGCUAUCGGAACUUUCAGUGCACGCGCUGCCAUACUCCCACACAAAAGUUUGUUCGGGAGGGAAUUCGCAAUUGGUGAUUCUCCGUCGAGUUGCAAUGGGCGAUUUGAGGGUGGAUUUCGCUGAUACGGGACCACAGGCGGUAGCAAAACUCGGUCGAUCGUGUGUGUCGAUGGAUGUCAAAGAGCGACCAACAGCAGUGGAAGCGAUGCACGUACUUCAUGCUGCGCUUCAACAGGAAGCACGUAUGGAGGUUAUUAAGACGUGCAGUCUAUAA